AUGCCUACCAGCCGAGAUUCGCAGGAAACGAGGGUCGUAUCUACCGCCGAUCCGGGGCUCUCGUGCGAAGAGGAACAUUGUCAAGAUCCUGAGCUCGCGCGCCGCUAUUCUUGCUCUUCGUCGCCGCCGCCGCCGUCACUCACUGCUCUCUCGGAUCUCGCCUGCCAUGGCUUUGCUUCCAGCCAUCAUUCGACCGGCGCAAACUCUCAAAUUUUCCGUGAAUCUAGCAGCGCGCAAGACAAUCAGUUGCCACUGCCGUUGAUACCCGACCUACUCUCCUUCAUUGUUGACGAUCCCCGCAGCUGUCAUGUUUCCGUGCCCAUGAAUACUCCAGGGCCUAAGCAAGCCGGUAGGGACGAUGGCGCCUGCUUGCCCUUCGACGGUACUUGGCAGCAAGGUGUUUUCACGGACAAUUUGCUAAUAGGGCCAAGCACGACUAGCCUCUUCCCAGAGUUCUCUCAGGUGUUGCCUUCUGACUCGGGGAUCUGGCCAACUGAGCUAUCACUUGCAUCUACUCUAGAGCUGCUAUCAGCGACGGGAGAUCCGAUAGCAACGACCGACUCUAUGCCAGCUAUGCCUAGUUCGGAUUACAGGCUCCCGAACCUGGAACUCGUACCAGCUCCGCCAGCUAGCCACCAUCAGUAUCCUCUCUGGGUGGAUCCUGUACUCAGCCAUGUUAGCGACGAUGUCUCCCCCGCUAUCUUACCGGACCUGCUAGCCCAGCCCAUAUGGGACGCCCCCGUAUAUCGAAGCUUAUAUGGACUUGAUGGCAAGACUUCAGAUCCUUUAGAUACUGAUCUCGAUGACACCUGGGUAGAUAGCGCUGCGUCCGGGGGAAUACCCCCAGACGAACCAGACGACUCUUGGCUUUUCUGGGACGAUGAAGCCGACCAAACACAUCCCAGCGUACUAAAGUACAUCUUCGAACCAGAUGAAAUAUCGGACACAACUUUGGCUGUAGAAUCGCUAGGUGAAGCGGGCAAACAGGAGGAAAAUCGAGCGUCCGACAAACAUGACGACAACGUGCUGCCCAAACUCUUGCCGGCCCGCCGUCCUUUUCCAAAUCUCUCUUUGCCCCUUGCCACUUCGCGAGGACCCUCAGAGGAAGAAAGACCCCGUAAAAAGGCAUUGACCAUCAUACUGGAAAAUGGGGUCGCAUCCGUGAAGGACUACCAAGUUCCGGCGAAGCGAGGUGUCCGCCGUACCAAGCUCAGCAAGGAGAAGUCGGCUGCUGUAGCCAGCAAGCGGAAGACCCACGAGAUUUGCAUCAAGUGCAAGGUAGCUCGCACAGAGUGCGUUGGGGGGACGCCUUGCCAUCGCUGCGUUGCGGCAUGGGAACGAAAGCCCCACGUGGUCCACCAACCCUGCCUGAAGGCUCACUUUCUCGACAUUAUCGAGUCGGGAAGCUGCAAUUAUGUCUCGCAGCGAGUCGCCUCGCAUUUGACUCUGGAUGGGCGGAGACGGAUCUCAAUUUCCAUGCCCGAGGAGUUUGACCUUCCCAGCCUCUUGCAAGCCGUGCAGGAGCGGCAGCAUUCCUUCAACAUUCGAAGGCGAAAGAUGUCCCGGACCCUCUUCGUCAUUGACAUGGCAGAACACGCUAGACUGCUGGGGCAGAUCCGGGAGAAUGAUGAGACCAACACGACCACUUUACGCCAGUUCAUCGACAACGCACUACUCACAACCUCCGACUGGAGAAGUAGUGUGAAGGAAUGCGAAGCACUGGACGAUCCGCUGGCCCUUCUUCCAGUGUGGAACAACGAGCCUUGUCGUGGUAGCUACGACAUCGUCCCUGUCGACGGGAGCGAGCCGCGGCCGCUCGAUGUAGAAGACCCAGAGGACGUAAAGGAAAUCAUACUGGGCGCGACGCUGUCUCGGAUCAUUUGCCGCAAGCUGGAGAUCGACGCCUACCGCCGACUGCAGAAAAUUAUCAACAAGCUGCGCUUCGAGUCCUCGGAGAGCUCCAUCCGCUUCGUGAAGCAGCUUGGCGACGUCCUCCUGACGCUAAGAUGGCGACUAUCGUGGUGGGAGGUCCACGGGGACGGGCGCGGGGACCCCGACCCGCAACGGUUGCUGUACGUCGAGAGAGUCAAGCGGCUUACCCUGGUCCUCUACUUUUACUACUUUACGGCCAAGAGGAGCAUUAGUAGCUGGCUGCGGCCUGAAGGUAUGGCUGGGGUCUGGAGUGAGUACGCCGACACGCUGCCGAUGUGGGAGGACUUGCCGACGGUGGAGAGCGUGGAUGGGCUGGAAGAGUGGCUGGGUGCCGGGAAAGCGUUGGUCAAGGACGCCGGAAAGAAGAAGGUUCCUCACAUGGAGACCUAG